GUGUCCGCAUGCGCGUGUGUGUGUGUAUGUAUGUAGUGGAAAUGACUGUGUGUGUGUGUGUGUGUGUGAAUAGUGAACCGUUCUGUAUAGCGCGUGCGUGCGAACGAGUGUGUUGUGUUUGGUCCUUUUUUUCGUACACACACACACGCAUAUAAUAUAUAUAUAUAUACAUCCUAUUAUCUGUCGUACGGGUUCGGAAUUGGUUUUUAAGGUGUGUGUGUGUGUGUGUGUAUGAGUUCAUGAACGUGUGUGUGUGUUCUGGUGUUUGUGAUGUCCGAACGGACGAAAAUAUCGUCGCCGAGUAGAUCUGCGUAGCCGAGAGAGCAAAAAUAUAAUUAAAUAAAAGAAAAAAACCGGAGAAGAAGACGCGUUAGUCGCCGCUACAUACACACCGUAUCAUCGUCGAAGUCAUCGUUGAACACCGGGCGUUUUCAAAAACUGGUGUCCCCCGCCGAAUUCACGUUUAAUGAUAAGUCAAAAGGAAAUAAGAUUAUUGAUAUUUAUACAUUGAUCGAUAGUAAAAAAUCGCAAAGUCGCCGCCGAACAGUGCACCAACGCAAACCGUUAGGUUCGUGUGUUUUAGUGCGCGUUGCUGAAAAUUCCGUCCCGUAUGUGCUCUCGUACCGUGCCUGCGGUAUAAUAUUGAUCAUUUUUGGCGAACAAAUUUAAAAAAGUUCGGAUCGUCCGAUACUUGGUCUUUAGAACCCGUCAUGUCCGUCAGCCAACAGUUUUGUUUGCGAUGGAACAAUCAUCAAAGGACCCUGAUUUCGGUGUUCGACAGUCUUUUGGAAAGCGGUACCCUGGUGGACUGUACGCUGGCAGCCGAGGGACGUUACCUCAAAGCUCACAAAGUCGUCCUAUCCGCCUGCAGUCCGUACUUAGGGGUUUUAUUAAGUCAACAUCAAGAGAAACAUCCAAUUUUAAUUUUAAAAGACAUCAAGUUUCAAGAAUUAAAAUCCAUGUUAGAUUACAUGUAUCGAGGUGAAGUAAACAUUUCACAAGAAGAACUUGGAACCUUUUUAAAAGCAGCAGAAUCUCUUCAAAUUAAAGGUUUAACAGAGAGUGCCGGUAUUGGGGUUCGUGAAAAUUCAGAUUUUGAAGAUCCUGUAUCUAAAAGAUUUGAUCAUAGGAAGCAGCCACCUUCUCUAUCAUCUGUUAGCUCUAAUUCACCUACUACUUGGAGUCAAAAUGAAACUACUCGUACCUACUCAAGACCCAGAGAAGGUAGCUUAUCACCAACAACAAAAAAAAGAAAAUUACAACGAACAAAUGGUCCUGAAGAUCAUCAUCAAGAUAAUGGUGAUGAUAGUAUGACUGAAUCUGAACCUCAAGCUGUUGAAAAAUCGCCUACAAAUAAUAAUAAUAUCCCUUCUUCAGUCAAUAAAGUUAUUAAAAUGGAGCCUUACCGAAAGUCAUGUUCGCCAGAAAAAGAGUUUAAUAAGACGACUGAAAAUCAAAUUGUUAAGCCAAAAGUAGAAUCAAUUUCUGGUGACCGACAGGAAUGUUUGACUGAAAUGUCUUACGAUGAUAGUGUGGAUGAUAUGACGUUAGAAGAAGAAGAAGAAGAGUAUGAUGAAAACGAAGUAUCACAACCAGGAACUUCACAAGGAGAUACCAAUCAUAAUGCAAUAACAGCAUCAAAUUCAUGGCAGUUAGAAACAAGUAAUCAAGAUAGCACAAGUACUGUAAAUACGCCGAUGGAUUGCAAAGUUUCAGAUUCAGAUGCGUUGUCUGAGAAGUUUGAAUGCAAAUUGUGCGGCAAAGUGUACCAAUGGAAGCAAAGCUUAAAACGACAUAUACGCGAAGACCGUUGCGACAAAGGACCGCAGCAUGCGUGUCCUCGUUGCGGUAUGAGUUUCAAACAUACCAGUCGCCUAAAUAAACAUGUCAUACUGUGUCCACAUAUUGUGUUCGACGACAACCCAACAUCCUCAUCUACAGUAUCUGCAUCUACAUCUUCAACACCUACAGUACAGCGUAUACUCAAAUUACCCGCUCCGUGCCCCGAUGCAUUGCCAAUUACAUCAGUUUCCACAUCUUCGACCACAACGACAUCUCCAUCUCAAACAAUAUUGGUGUUACAUUUGAAAAACCAAAAUUUGGCACAAAAUUGGAAAUCGAACAUCCAAAAGUUAGGAAAUUAAUAUUUAUUAAUUUAACGAUUUUUCUUAAUGAUACAGUCAAUGUUCUUUUAUUUUCAUUAUACAUUUAUUUAUGUUCUUUAUAGCCAUAUUAAACAAUAAGCAAUUAAGCAUUUUUGCUAAUUCUUAAUGUAGUUAAUAUUGAAACACUGAUGAACAAAAUAUCAUGACUGUAGUAAAUAAUUCAUUUAAAUAUUCUGGAUUCAGGGUAGGAGUCGAACAUGGGUUGUUUUUUAUUGAAUAAUAGCAGAAUUAAACUUUCCGUUUUAUUUUCAAAACUAUACUAUUUAAUAUUCUCUUAUUAGUUACUACUCUGAUUCCAGGGUUAUUUCUGAACUAGUCAAAUAUGAAACAAAUCAUUCUAGUCUUUAUUAUUUCAUUAUUAAGUGCAAUUUACUGAAAAAUAAUUUUGAGUUUAGUAGUAGGAUAAGAAUGCGUAUAUUAAUUGAAGUGCACGGUACAAGAAGUGGUUAAUUUGAAUUUUGAUCAGAAAUUCCAGAAGUCUAUAAACUCCUUAAAAAAAUAAUUGCUAUACAUAUUUUGAUAAUUAUACUAAUCUAUUUACUAAAUAAGCUGAUAAUGAAGAAGUUCAAUUAUUCUUUUAUUAUACUGAGUCCUUCAAUUAUUGUACUUGCCUAUUAUUGAAUAAGCAUACAUAUUCUUGUUAAUUCAGUUUUAGAAUAUAUUUUUGAUUUGAUUUUUACAAUGUUUUCUUGAAUUCAUUCUAGUCUGUAGGGUAUCACACUGAUGUGUU